ACACUGCGGGUUGGGCCGGGCCGGGCGGGAAACGUUAGGCGAGCGGCCCCCGGGGUGGAGGUUCGUGCUGGCGGGGAGGGCCCCGAGGCGAGCUUUGCCCGGAUGAGGAACAAAGCGGUGAGGCAGGCGUGCGCGCCCCCCGCGCGGCCGGGGCGGGGCGAGGGCGACCUGCGGGCCCCAUGCCGGCGAGUGGGCGACUUGGCCGCCCUUGGGAGGCAGUGUCAGCAGGCCCGGGCUCUCUGGCGGCGAGGGGACGGGGGCUGCAUCCUUCCCGUGUUUUGGUGACCGCCCUUGUCCUCCCCCUCAGGUUAGGUAGCCCCCCUCCCGAAGCUUCUGGAGGAAAGGCCCCGGGUGUCCCCCGGCAUGCCUUAUCUCGCGGCGGGGUGCGCGGCCGCCGGCCCUCGGGAGAAGUUGGGCUGCCCCGGGCGGCCCCGGGGACGAAUGGCCGCGUUUGUGCAGCGGUUGUAAGCAAGAUGCGGUAGUAGCACGUGACCCUGGAACGCAAACCCUGAUGCCGGUUCUCCGCCACCCGUGUGCGCUUUUCUCUGACACUUGGCCCCCAGCAGAUGCAUCACAGGAUGAAUGAAAUGAACCUGAGCCCAGUGGGGAUGGAGCAGCUGACUUCAUCCUCUGUGAGCAAUGCCUUGCCAGUCUCAGGGAGUCACCUGGGGUUGGCUGCCUCACCCACUCACAAUGCCAUCCCGGCCCCAGGGCUGCCAGUGGCGAUUCCAAACCUGGGUCCCUCCCUGAGCUCUCUGCCUUCUGCUUUGUCUCUCAUGCUCCCAAUGGGUAUUGGGGAUCGAGGGGUGAUGUGUGGGUUACCUGAAAGAAACUACACCCUACCUCCACCACCUUACCCCCACCUUGAGAGCAGUUACUUCAGAACCAUUCUACCUGGCAUUUUAUCUUAUUUAGCUGACAGACCACCUCCUCAGUAUAUCCACCCUAACUCUAUAAAUGUUGAUGGUAAUACAGCAUUAUCUAUCACCAAUAACCCUUCAGCGCUAGAUCCCUAUCAGUCCAAUGGAAAUGUUGGAUUAGAACCAGGUAUUGUUUCAAUAGACUCUCGCUCUGUGAACACACAUGGUGCCCAAAGUCUUCAUCCCACUGAUGGCCAUGAGGUGGCCUUGGACACAACAAUCACUAUGGAGAACGUCUCUAGGGUCACCAGCCCAAUCUCUACAGAUGGAAUGGCAGAAGAGCUUACCAUGGAUGGUGUUGCAGGCGAGCAUACCCAAAUCCCAAAUGGCUCCAGAAGUCAUGAACCUCUGUCUGUGGAUUCUGUGAGCAACAGCCUUGCAGCAGAAACUGUAGGACAUGGUGGUGUGAUACCCAUUCAUGGGAAUGGCCUGGAGCUCCCUGUGGUCAUGGAGACAGACCACAUUGCAAGUCGGGUCAACGGGAUGUCUGACAGUGCCCUCAGUGACUCCAUCCACACCGUGGCCAUGAGCACCAACUCUGUAAGCGUGGCACUCUCUACCUCACACAACCUCGCCUCCCUAGAAUCUGUUUCCCUCCAUGAAGUUGGCCUAAGCCUAGAACCUGUGGCUGUCUCCUCCAUCACCCAGGAGGUUGCUAUGGGGACAGGUCAUGUAGAUGUGUCUUCAGACAGUCUUUCUUUUGUACCACCUUCACUGCAAAUGGAAGACUCCAAUUCAAACAAGGAAAAUAUGGCAACCUUGUUUACAAUUUGGUGCACUCUCUGUGAUCGAGCCUAUCCCUCAGACUGCCCAGAUCACGGACCAGUGACUUUUGUUCCUGACACUCCAAUAGAGAGCAGAGCGAGGCUUUCUCUCCCAAAACAGCUUGUUCUCCGCCAGUCAAUUGUGGGAGCAGAUGUUGGUGUAUGGACUGGAGAAACCAUUCCUGUGCGGACUUGCUUUGGGCCUCUUAUUGGCCAGCAGAGUCACUCCAUGGAAGUAGCAGAAUGGACAGACAAGGCGGUUAAUCAUAUCUGGAAGAUAUACCACAGUGGUGUCCUAGAAUUCUGCAUCAUUACAACGGACGAAAAUGAAUGUAAUUGGAUGAUGUUUGUGCGCAAAGCCAGGAAUCGGGAAGAGCAGAAUUUGGUGGCUUACCCCCAUGAUGGAAAAAUCUAUUUCUGCACCUCACAAGAUAUCCCUCCUGAAAAUGAACUGCUUUUUUAUUACAGCCGGGAUUAUGCUCAGCAGAUUGGUGUUCCUGAACACCCAGAUGUGCACCUCUGUAACUGUGGCAAGGAGUGCAGUUCCUAUACAGAGUUCAAAGCCCACCUGACCAGCCACAUCCAUAACCAUCUUCCUAGCCAGGGCCACAGCAGCAGCCAUGGGCCAAGCCACAGCAAAGAAAGGAAGUGGAAGUGCUCCAUGUGCCCCCAAGCUUUUAUCUCUCCUUCCAAACUUCAUGUUCACUUUAUGGGUCACAUGGGUAUGAAGCCCCACAAGUGUGAUUUCUGUAGCAAGGCUUUUAGUGAUCCCAGCAACCUGCGGACCCACCUCAAGAUACAUACGGGUCAGAAGAACUACAGGUGCACUUUGUGUGACAAGUCUUUCACCCAGAAGGCUCACCUGGAGUCCCACAUGGUUAUCCACACGGGCGAGAAGAACCUCAAGUGUGAUUACUGUGACAAGCUGUUCAUGCGGAGGCAGGACCUCAAGCAGCACGUGCUCAUCCACACACAAGAACGCCAGAUCAAGUGCCCCAAGUGUGAUAAGCUGUUCUUGAGAACAAAUCACUUAAAGAAGCAUCUCAAUUCACAUGAAGGAAAACGGGAUUAUGUCUGUGAAAAAUGUACAAAGGCUUAUCUAACCAAAUAUCAUCUCACCCGACACCUGAAAACCUGCAAAGGGCCCACCUCCAGUUCAUCAGCACAGGAGGAGGAGGAGGAAGAUGACUCGGAGGAGGAGGAGCUAGCAGACUCUGUGGGGGCAGAAGACUGUCGGAUUAACAGUACUGUGUAUCCAGCAGAGGAAUCUCUGUCUACACAUAAAUAAAAGAAAAAGAAGCCAGCUACUUUGGAUGGAAAAUACAAAAGGGAAAAACACACAUAACCAGUUAUCCACUACAAUGGUUUUUAUGUAAAAUAAUUUCUGAUUUCCUUCCAGCCAACAGUCAAAACAGACUAAAUGGGAACGGAUAAAGCACUUAUAGAAGAGUAUCCUAAUGAAAACACUUUAAGAAAGAUUGAGAAAAGAGCAUGUAUCCUGUUUUUAAGUGGCAUAUGGGGAGGAAAGUGUCAACUUUUGAGAUCUAUUCUUUAUUUACAUAAUUGGGUGAUACAUUUAUGCCUUAGUCAGAGCUGCUCUCUGCCCAAACAAAUCAGAUUUAUUUUAAAUUCUUUCAUUAUUCCAUUUUUCUCCCAACCCACUGAUUUGGUAGCACUCUAAACUUGGUCCCUGCCUUACAGUCGUCCUGAUUAUGGUUCUGGUGUUUUGUUUUAUGCAGACUUGUGACUUAAGCUCAUCCCAGAAUGGAUUGGAAUAUAACAACGUUAAGCUUGUUACUCUUGACUGCAGCUAACAAGUUUAAAGCACCACCUACCUUAAUCUCUCCUGGCUGCUUGGGAAUUUAGGGUAGAUCUUGCUUCCCAGAGUUUCAGCAGGUACCUAGAGGGCAGAUAAAAGAGGGAGCAACCAGGCAAUAGGCACUGAUGGAGAGAAGAAAAGGAGAGAUGCCUGGGCCACUGUCCAAGAAACUAGCUUUGAUGGAAGCUGGGGUAAGAGAUCUGGUGGUGGUUUCUUAGAGGUCUUUGUAGGUUUAGACAUGUCUCUGUCUCCAGUGAAGCCUCCAGCACCCAGACAAAGGGGAUCUGGGGGUGUAGCAAGCCAAGUAAUGCGUGCUGCGUUGUCUCCUGAUAACAAGGACAUGUGGACUCAGCUGGCAAAGUGGUACCUUGGCCCAUGGAAGGAAGGAGGGAAUGAUCCUUCCUAUCUGGCUUACCCUAUGAAAAGGAUCAAGACACCAUUAAAAUGUUGCCAACUCAGAAUGACAGAUGACACGGUGCAUUUGCAAGGUUAGGCCUUCCCACUUGUCUGCAAUGAAGGACCUCAUCAGUUAAGCACGGUGGAUGCCAAAGGAUUUGGGAAGUGCAGAAGGUUAAAUGGUCACCACGAGGGUGUGUUUUCAGGGUCCCAGCUUAAUUCGUCUACCCAUCUGAUCUUUCACCUUGUCUCUCAUGCAUCUCCUGCUUUCAGCAAGAAGCAAACACAUCUUGAAGUUGACGGUUGAUGGAACAUGCUCUCCUCUAAGGCACGACCUCUGGGCUGGAGUAGAGAGAACCUUGGUGGGAAGGUUUUGCUGCUAAUGUAUUUAUGGAAUGAAUGUAUUUCAUUCAAAUCUGUAUUCCUCUGGGAAGGAUUAAAAUAAAAACUUUUUAAAAAA